AGGAGUUGAACUUUACGGUACAAGAUUCACUUCCUUCUUCAUGGCAAUAAGCAGAGCACUAAGAAAAAUCUAAAAUUAUUGAAUUAUUUAUUUCCUUAAAUGUAAAUAUGUUGUCGUAGCACUUAGCCUGUAACUAUAAACCAAUAACGCAGUUUAUGUUGAAAUCUAUAAGAAAGAAUGGUGUCUGAGUUAUCCAAUAGCUUAUUGAAAUAUUAACUUUGUUUGAGCCUUUAUCUAUUCCUAAAUCCAGCAACAAAAAUGCGAGGAGUGUCAUUUAAAGUAAAUUACAAGUGGCACCUGGGACAUCGGACGGGGGCUCACUGAGAUGUGCAUAUCACAGAACCUCUAAGUAGUUUACGACGGCUGGCAGUCAUUCGUCAUAGGGACAGGUAGGCUACGUUUUAUGUGUAAUAUACUCUAGCCUACUACUGAGCCGCAUCUCGAGGGUGCUCGACUGUGUCGCUUUGAUUGGAAGGAUUCCCAAGACCGUGUGGUUGUCGUUUGUCAUAUGAUUUAUGGUCCAGUGGUGAAUGGUACUGUAAAACAAACCCGGUACUGGCACGGCCGCCGUGUUCCUCUCUGAUCGUAAGUUAGCCGGCUGCAGCUGAGUCAGACAGUCUCCUCACCCUGCGAAAGCCACUCUGCCCUGCCCGGGGUGUCAGCGUUCCCGUUGCCGUCUUCAGCGCUACAGAGUGAACCGGUGGACUUGUGGAGAUGGCUCUCUUCAUCACAGCUCUCCUAUCUAUCUCAGUUGCCAUGGUGGGAGUAGGUGGGACUACUGCAGCCACCACUCCAUCCAGUGUCCACUCAGUGAUCCAGUGCCAUGACUGGGGCGAGUCAGACGAUGGAGCUGUGAGGGUGAUGGAGGGGGAGGCAUGCUGGCUUCUCUGCCCUCUCUUCUCCCACCCCACUGUCUACAACUAUAGCUCAGCCCAGGCAGCAGGCCUCAACCUGGUGUGGUACCACGUGGCUGCAGGUCAGGACCUGGAACAACCCAUCGACUUCCACCACCCCGACCAGAGGCUCAGCAAGGAGAGGGAGAGGCUGUGGCUACAGCCCACCACCACGCAGGACGCGGGCCAGUACAUCUGCAUGCUGAGAAACAGGACAUCGUGUGCCAAGAUUGCCAUGCGUCUGGAGGUGUUGCCAAGUGGACAGGACCCCAACUGUGAGGUGAAGGCUGCUGUACCUCCCACCCCAGUCAUCGCGCCCAUACAAGAUGGCAGGACCCUAACCUGCCCUGACCUGGAGCACAUCAAGCUGCCUAACACUAGCCACUCUGUCACCUGGUACCAUGGGUGCAAUGCGUUCGGGAACUUCAACAUUGAUCGUGUGCUCAAAGGAGACAAGCUGGUCAUCCAUGUAAUGUUGGAGCACUACCAAGGACUGUACCAUUGUGUGGUCACUUAUGAGACCAAAGGAAGAGCCAUCAAAUUCACCAGAGUGGUCAAUGUAACCGCAGUGUCUUCCAGUGGUUUACCCAAACAGCCAAAUAUACUCAACCCUGCCAAGGAGCAAUUCUAUCCUGUCAAACAAGGGUCAGAGGUGAAUCUCACAUGCAGGGUGUCAUUGCCCUACCUGGAAGGACCCAGGGAGACCUGGUGGACCAUCGAUGGGAAGACUGUAGAUCAGCUAGCUGAUCCCCGCAUCUCAUUCACUUCUAGGGUGGUGUUGGAUUAUUUUGGGGACUGGACAGUUGAGAAUGUGCUCCGCAUCCAGGACUUCAGCUCAGAGGACCUGACCAGAGAAUACAACUGCUCCGGACGCAACGGCCGAGAUGUAGCCACCCGCAGGGCAGUGCUAGAAGAGGAGGUAUACCUGCCAUCCGUGGAGCUGGGCUGUGGCCUGGGUGUGACUCUGUUCUUGAUGCUGGUGCUGUUCGUGGUCUACCACAUCUUCUGGCUGGAGCUGCUGCUGCUCUAUCGCUCCUGGUUUGGAACCGACGAACGCUGUACAGACGACAAGGAGUAUGACAUCUACAUCUCGUAUGCGAGGAAUAGCGAGGAGGAGCAAUUUGUCCUCUUGACACUCCGCAGGGUCCUGGAGAAUGAGCUGGGGUAUACCGUCUGCAUCUUCGACAGGGACAGCCUUCCUGGAGGGAAUAUGUCGGAGGCUGUCCUCAGGUGUAUGCGGUCAAGCCGCCGGCUCCUGGUGGUCCUGAGCCCCACCUACCUGACAGAGAAGAGUUACAGCCUGCUGGAGUGUCGCCUGGGCCUCUACAUCCAGCUCACCUGCCAUGCCCACAUCAUCACCGUCCUUUACAGCCCCCUCCCGAGACUACUGGCCUCUUGCACUGAGGCCAAGCAGCUACGACGCAGUACUGCCACCAUCACCUGGAGGGGACGCCAGUCGGAGUCGUCCACCUCUCGCUUCUGGAAGUGCCUGCGCCUGGCCCUGCCUGUGAGACCGCUGGCCCUGGGGAGGAGGCUCAUCGACAGCACCUCGUCCCACUCUGACCUGGCCACUUCUUUGGGCCAGCAGUGCCAGCCGCAGGAUGCCGCCGAGCCACAGAGACAGAGGGAUGGCAAGAGUGCUGCAGGCAACGGUGUCAGAGGCAGGGGGCGCAAGUGGAGGAUACAGAGGAUACAGGAGGCGCGCAGCAGGGAGAUGCCAAAGGCGGGCCACGGUAAGAACUGCGGAGUGUGUGUGAGAGAGCCCCACGGCGUCUUGGGUAGGGCGGCUGUGAAGACCCAGCAUACACAUCAACCCACAGCAAACAGUAUCAGACCUGAGACCCAACUAGGACUUCAUUCAAGCAGCACAAAAGCCCAACCAGGACUUCAUCAAAUCAGUACAGAGACCGAAACCAGAACUUCAUCCAAGCAGCACAAAGACCCAAGCGGGACUUGACCCUAAGAGUACUGAAACUCCAGCAGAACAACCACAUCCUUCGCCUAGCCAACCACAGAACUUUGACAACUGUGCGUGCGACCUACAGUAGAUAACAAUAAAAGCAGCAAUAUCAGGCAUGGCUGUGCACUGUAGAACACUGUCUGAAGACAGGGGCAACUGCAAUAAACUUGGCUUACAAAUUGCGAAAUGCUAAGGAUAUAUCGGAUUAGAAUAGAAGAGGAGACAACUUUGUUUCUUAAGUGGAGAAAUGUGGAAAGUACAUUUUAUGGGUAUGUAAUAUAAAACUCCAGUGUUUGUGAUUGAUUGUCUGUUCUGUAUCUCAUUUGGUUCUUCACUGACCUAUUGAAGACGUCACCCGUUCACCAUUCACUGGCCUGGGUUGGUUUGUCAACCCAUCUGUUUAUCUGUGUGUGACUUUGUUGGGGGAAGGGGGUGGGUGAUUAGCAACCAGUCAGACAGGCUUCUGGGACAAUGAGGACCAUAAAAGAUUGGAGAUUGUUGGAACUGACUGAUAGAUACUAACUACCAAGCAAACUGCACUGUGCUGAGUGUUUCUGGAUUAUCAUAAUAUGCUCUAUCUAGUGUCCAUUUUCUUUCUUUGGUGGUCCUUUGAGCCCAUGACAAAUGGUACUCUAAUUUGGUUCAGAAAUCCAUCCAACUUUAUCAAUGCAAGUUUUUUAAGACUGUGUUCUGAUGUGCCACACAACAAUUUCCCGUCUCAGUGAAUAUGCAAUUCAUUAAAACUCGAUAGAAUUAUUUCUACAGG